AUGAAAGUAUUGGUUGCUGUCAAAAGAGUAGUAGAUUCAGGAAUUAAAGUUAGAGUCAAGCCAGAUGGCAUAGACCUUUAAGGUGUUAAGAUGACAAUUAAUCCCUUCUGUGAAAUAGCAGUAGAGGAAGCUGUCAGAUUGAAGGAGAAGAAAUUGAUCGCUGAAAUUGUUGCAGUCACCAUUGGGCCAAAAUAAGGAGCAGAGAGUUUAAGACAUGCUCUUGCUUUGGGGGCUGAUAAAGCCAUUCAUGUCACAACUGAGGCAAGAAUUGAUUAAGCUGUGUAGCCAUUGGAUGUAGCCAACAUCUUAGCCAAAUUAGUUGAAAGAGAUAAUUAUAAUCUUGUCUUAAUGGGCAAAUAAUCAAUAGACGAUGAUUUUAAUUAAACUGGUUAAAUGUUAGCUGGACUAUUGGAUUGGCCAUAAGCAACAUUUGCUUCCAAUAUCUAAAUUACCGAUGGCAUUGCUUAGGUGAUCAGAGAAAUUGAUGGAGGAUUAUAGACUGUCAAAUUCAAGUUACCUGGAGUGAUAACAUGUGAUUUAAGACUCAAUCAACCAAGAUUCGCCAGUGUUCCAAAUAUCAUGAAAGCCAAAUCAAAACCAUUAGAAACUAUCCCACUUGACAAAUUGGGCAAAUUGCAUAAUUCCAUCCAAAUCACUAAAACUGAGGCUCCUGCUAUAAGAAAAGGAGGAGCUAUUGUAGAAAAUGUAGAUGUGCUCAUACAGAAAUUAAGAAAUGAAGCAAAAUUAUUUUGAUAAUGUAUAAAUAAACAGAAUUACAUAACAAAAUAUAAUCAAUUA